AUGGGCAAGAAGCAACCCUCCCUCGAGGGCCACAAGUCUGGCCAGGCUAACGACCCCCUCUCCAAGCCCGCCCACGCCCUUACCUGGAAGCAGGUGGUUGAGGAGGUCAAGUGCAAUGCUGAAGACGGACUUACCACUGCCGAAGCAAAGUCUCGACAUGAAAAGUAUGGCAACAAUGAUCUCGGCGACGAUGGAGGAGUGUCGCCGGCCAAAAUUUUGCUAAGACAGGUCGCCAACGCUAUGACACUGAUUCUAAUCGCAGCCAUGGCUGUCUCAUUUGCUAUUGAAUCAUGGAUUGAAGGUGGUGUAGUAACUGCCAUCAUCCUGCUCAACGUUAUCAUCGGAUUUGUGCAAGAGUACAAUGCUGAAAAGACCAUGGACUCGCUCCGAUCCUUGUCUUCGCCUACUGCCACCGCUGCCCGAGACGGAAAAACGGUUACGAUCCCGACUAUCGAGGUAGUCCCUGGUGAUCUUAUCGAGUUGAAGACAGGUGACACUGUCCCAGCGGAUAUUCGCAUCAUUGAGGCUUUGAACUUCGAGACCGACGAGGCCCUGCUUACCGGAGAAUCACUCCCUGUAUCCAAAGAUGGCGAUGCCGUCUUUGACGAGGAUACUGGCCCUGGCGACCGUCUUAACAUUGCCUACAGUUCCUCGACUGUCACCAAGGGACGUGCUCGCGGUGUUGUUUUCGCUACUGGCAUGCACACUGAGAUUGGAUCUAUCGCCAUGUCCCUUCGACAGAAGGGUUCGCGUGUCCGAGAGGUCAAGCGCAAGCCCGAUGGAAAGGCUAAGCCGCAUCGCUAUGCCCAGGCCUGGUCGUUGACUCUUGCUGACAUGGUUGGCCACUUCCUUGGUGUUAACGUCGGCACUCCACUUCAAAAGAAACUCGCUCGCCUCGCGAUCCUCCUGUUUGGUGUUGCAGUCGUCUGCGCUAUCAUUGUGCUUGCCGCUAACAGCUUCUCGAACAACAGCGAAGUUAUCAUCUAUGCGGUUGCUACUGGUCUCUCUAUGAUCCCGGCUUCUCUUACUGUCGUCCUGACCAUCACCAUGGCUGCUGGUACAAAGCGCAUGGUGCAGCGUCACGUAAUUGUGCGCAACUUGAAGUCUCUCGAGGCUCUUGGUGGUGUUACCGACAUUUGCUCCGACAAGACCGGUACCCUUACACAAGGAAAGAUGGUUGCGAAGAAAGCCUGGAUCCCCGCCAAGGGAACUUACUCUGUUGGACAGUCUGACGAGCCGCACAACCCUACUGUCGGGGCUCUGUCUUUCAACCCCAAGCAACCCCGACACAUUGACGCUGACAUGGACGAGAAGACUUCGACCUGGGAGGAGCUUCUCCAAGACAACCCGCAUUUUGUAGACUACCUCAAGGUUGCAUCACUUGCUAAUCUGGCCCACGUUCACCAGACUGACGAGGGCCAAUGGAAUGCACGAGGUGACCCCACGGAAAUCGCUAUCCAGGUGUUCGCAUCUCGCUUCAAGUGGAACCGUCUCGAACACACCGGUGGUGACACACCUGCUUGGAAGCAACUCGCUGAAUUCCCCUUCGACUCCGACGUUAAGAAGAUGUCUGUCAUCUUCGAAGAAACUGCUACGAACAAGAAAUAUGUCUUCACCAAGGGUGCCGUUGAACGAGUCAUCUACUCAUGCACACGCGUAUUCACCGACGAGAACGAUGCUGGCGUUGAGCUGGACGACGACUACCGCGAGGAGAUUUUGGCCAACAUGGAAUCGCUCGCCGCCAUGGGACUGCGUGUCUUGGCUCUCGCAAGCAAGGAAUAUGAUGGACCUUCCCCUCAAAAGGGCGAGGAAAUAGCACGUGAGGGAAUCGAGCAAGAUCUCAUCUUCCGUGGUCUCGUCGGUUUGUAUGAUCCCCCUCGACCUGAAACGGCCGGCUCUGUUCGUCAGUGCCAGAAGGCGGGCAUUGAAGUCCACAUGCUUACUGGUGACCACCCUGGAACUGCUCGCGCCAUUGCUAUUGAAGUUGGUAUCGUGCCAUCGAACAUGGGGACUCUUCCCAAGGAAACGACGGACGCCAUGGUCAUGACUGCAUCCCAGUUCGACAAGCUCACCGACGACGAAAUCGAUGCUCUCCCACUUCUCCCACUUGUCAUUGCUCGUUGCGCCCCCAACACCAAGGUCCGCAUGAUUGACGCACUCCACCGACGAAAGGCUUUCACCGGUAUGACUGGUGACGGUGUCAACGACUCUCCAUCUCUCAAGCGCUCGGAUGUCGGUAUUGGAAUGGGUACUGGAUCCGAUGUCGCCAAAGACGCCUCUGAUAUCGUUCUGACCGACGACAACUUUGCAUCUAUUCUCAACGCUAUCGAGGAGGGCCGCCGCAUGUUUGACAACAUCCAGAAGUUCAUUCUGCACUUGCUCGCUCAAAACAUUGCGCAAGCAUGUGUGUUGCUGAUUGGUCUUGCGUUCAAGGAUGAGAGUGGACUUUCCGUCUUCCCUGUCUCUCCCGUUGAAGUCAUGUGGAUCAUUAUGAUUACCUCGUCGCUUCCCGACAUGGGUCUUGGUUUCGAAGUUGCUGCACCAGAUAUUCUCAACAGACCUCCACAGAGUCUCAAGCGCGGUGUUUUCACCCUCGAGAUCAUCUGCGAUAUGUUCGUCUACGGUCUCUGGAUUGCUGCACUCUGCCUAGGCGCCUUCUCCCUUGUCAUGUUCGGCUUUGGCGAUGGCAACCUGGGAUUCAACUGCAACGAGACGUACAACCCCACUUGCGAGACCGUGUUCCGCGCCCGUGCGACUACUUUUGCCUGCCUUACCUGGUUCUCAGUUUUCCUGGCAUGGCAAAUGUUGGACAUGCGCCGCUCGUUCUUCAUGAUGCAGCCUGGAUCGAACAAGUACUUUACGCAAUGGGCCCGCGACGUCUGGCGCAACAAGUUCCUCUUCUUCUCAAUUGUCUUUGCGUUUGUCACCAUCUUCCCCGUUCUGUACAUUCCCGUCAUCAACGACAAGGUGUUCAGGCACAAGGGAAUUAGCUGGGAAUGGGCUAUUGUCUUCAUUGCCACAUUCCUCUUCUUCCUCGGCAUUGAGUCGUGGAAGUGGGGCAAGCGAGUCUACUUCAGGAGGCGCGAGGCAAAGAAUGGUGGUGGAAGGAGGGGCUCCAUUGAUCUGGAGCAGCGUGUGUUUGAGCGAUACCUCAGCACAGCCAUUAGCACCGAUGAGGAUGCGGCAGACAAGAAGUCGUCUGCUUAG